AUGGCUGAAACUACUAACGCAGCCGAUCAAAGACGUCCAGGUGGAGACAGACAACAACGUGGAGGUGGACCCCAACGUGGAGGUCAACGUGGUGGUAGAGGUGGACCCCAACGUGGUGGACAACGUCGUGGUGGUGACAACGAGAAGUGGACCCCAGUUACCAAGCUCGGUCGUCUUGUCGCUCAAGGUUUGAUCAAGUCAAUCCACGAGAUCUACUUGUUCUCCCUCCCAAUCAAGGAACAUCAAAUCAUUGACAAGUUCUUGUCACUCAAGGAUGAGGUCAUGAAGAUCAUGCCAGUCCAAAAGCAAACCCGUGCCGGUCAACGUACCCGUUUCAAGGCUUUCGUCGUUGUCGGUGAUGCCAACGGUCACGUCGGUCUCGGUGUCAAGUGUGCUAAGGAAGUUGCCACUGCCAUCUCUGGUGCUAUCGUUGCCGCCAAGCUCUCUGUCAUCCCAGUCCGUCGUGGUUACUGGGGAUCCAAGCUCGGAGCUCCACACACCGUCCCAACCAAGGUCACCGGUAAAUGUGGUUCCGUCGCUCUCCGUCUCGUACCAGCUCCACGUGGUACCGGUAUCGUAGCUGCUCGUGUUCCAAAGAAGCUCCUCCAAUACGCCGGUAUUGAGGACGUCUACACCUCCUCAAGAGGUAAGACCAGAACCAUGGGUAACUUUGUCUUGGCCACCUUUGCUGCCAUCACCAAGACCUACGCUUACCUCACCCCAGAUCUCUGGAAGGUUACCCCACUCGAGAAGACCCCAUACCAAAAGUUCUCUGAAAUCCUCGCUGAGAAGAAGGAAUCCAACUAA